GCAACAUUGCUGAUGCUGGCCACUUAAUGCACACAAUCAGCGCAGCAGGAGCCCAGUCAUUGCAGCUUACUGCUUACAUGUGUACGUGCUGCGUCAUGACAUGCGAUACCCAGUUAUGAACGAGAUAGUCAAGUGAUCUGUCUGGUUCGUGUUGUAUUGCUGGUAAUGGGAUAAUGUCAUUAAGAAAGUCACGUGAUAACCAAUUCCAACAUAUAUUGAGAAGAAUUCUUCUGUCCCAACCAUUCCCACUUCCAUCACGUUUAGAAGUCUGACGUUGUCUGCCCACAGCUCCUUCAUCCAGCAAUGGCGCCCCAGAACGUGUUCUCCAUGUUCCGUCAGUCUCAGGUGCAGGAGUUCAAGGAAGCCUUCGCCCUCAUCGACGUCAACAGGGACGGCGUCAUCGAAAUAGACGACCUGAAGAGCAUCUACGGCAACCUGGGCAAAGUGCCCGCCGACUCCGAGCUGAAGGAGAUGUUGAAGGAGGCCCCUGGUCCCCUGAACUUCACCACCUUCCUCAACCUGUUCGGGGAGAAGAUGGGAGGGACGGACGGCGAGGAGACCAUCCGUAGCGCCUUCGCCAUGUUUGACGAGGAGGGCAAGGGCGUGCUGCCCGAGGAGUACAUCAAGGAUCUCCUGGAGAACAUGGGAGACAACUUCACGAAGGAGGAGAUCAAACAGACGUGGAAGGAGGCCCCUAUUUCCAAGGGCAUGUUCAACUACGUGGCCUUCACCGCCAAGGUCAAGGGCAAACAGGACGACGAGGAAAUGGCCAAGGCUUAAAUAACAAACGAUAUAUCUUCACUAUAAAGGACACAUGACAAGACAUGACCAAUGGUCUUCGCCUGUUUUCAGUUUAUGUCUAUAUGAGGUGCUGUGAGUUUUACAAACAUUUCAAAACCAGGGAGGACAUGAACAGUGCCUAACGUUUACGCUACUUGUUACCUUGACAAUGCUAUGUUUGUCAUGGGAAAGGCCACGAGAACACAUUAGGAAUCACCUAUUCACAUGUGAAUAGUUCUGCCACUGUGUCUCAGGUAGCCAUGUUGUUCAUGAAUGUCACUAUUUGAGCCUUUGUCUUCAAUGAGCUAAAUAAAAAUCAACAGCGA